GAAGUUCAUGCAUUUGGUAAAAUUUGAAAAUUAAUUUCGAGAAAAAAGGAGAAAUGCAUGCGAUUUUCUCUCGCAGGGUCGUCGUCGUUGGCUUUUCUUCGCAGCUCACCAAAUUGGUGACGAAACAGCCGAGCCAGAGUCGCCAUUUCAUGAGCCAUCUUCUUCUUCCUUCUACCCUCUCAUCUUCUUCUUCAGCCACCCGCUUUGUUCCUUCUCUAUCGCGUUUGGAGAAAGUUCAUGGCUUUUUCGCGACCACGUUGGGGAACACCAAUCUAAAGCUGAAAUUCAGAAAUGUUCUGGAAUCUAGAGUUGGGUUCUUCAGUUCUCAGCUUCCUAGUAAUGGAUUAAUCGAGUCUAAGGGUUUUACUGGGUUUCAAAAGCGUGGAUGGAAGUCUUGGAUUAAUGGAGCUAAUGGUGUAGUUUUUGGGUUGAUAAUAGCUAAUGUUGCAGUAUUUACAAUGUGGCGGGUUUCAAACAGAUGGUGGAUGUUGAAACAUUUUGUGCUAACAACGAAAAGUUUUACGAGUGGACGUAUACACACGCUGAUAACUUCGGGUUUUAGUAAUGUUGGAACCAAUCAAAUCAUCUUGAACAUGAUUGGACUCUACUACUUCGGAACCAGAAUUGCAAGAACCUUGGGGCCGCUUUACCUUUUGAAGCUGUACUUUGCUGGAGCACUUGGUAGCUCUGUUUUCUUCUUGAGUAAUCAUGCUCUCUUGGCUACACUCAAGGGUCAAGGAGUUGUCACCAUUGAUAAAUCAAAACUCCCCUAUUCGCAGCUGGGUGCUGAUGGAUCUGUGUUUGCCAUCGCGCUGCUCGAUAUGUUCCUCUACCCAAAAGUUACUACAUACUUUGUUUUGAUGCUCCGAGUGCCUGUAAUGGGGGGAAUCUUAUUCUUAGGACUCGAGAUGUUAAAGAUUCUAGAGGGGAAAAAUAACAAUAUCUCAAGAAGUUCGGUGCGUCUGAUGGGAGGAGUUGUGGUUGCAGCCAUGGCGUGGGCACGGAUAAGGAAAGGCCGAUUCUGAUACUGAUUGAUUAUUUACUUUCUCCAUUGAACCUUGGACUUGCUGCAAAAGAAUCAAUUAACCUGAUCAUCAUACUAGUUAUGUGACAAAUGAGACUAGUAUUAAUACCAUUUUUUCGUUUGGGCUGGAAAUUUUGGAAAUUUUGGUGCUGAGUGGUACACUUUUGGAGUGUGUUGUAAACUGAACGAAGAGAUCAAUUUUUAAUGGGUUUGGUUCCAACGUAAACUACUUUUAUUUCUUGUCGUCAAAAUUGGAACUUUUAAUUGAACGUUGUAGAUUAUCUUAAGGUUAUUGUCUUGACA